AAAUACCGAUUUUCCGUUCUUUUCCUCGGUGUCCCUCGGUUGUUGUUCACAUUUUCGUUUUUAUUACCGUCAUUAUUACCGUGGGCCAAUUAUUGGUAUAUCUAAUUGACGCGUGGCACGAUUACAACUUCCGUUUCUGGUACGAAGAAGAUGCGCUGAGGGAGGAUCGAGACGAAGGAUGUCGGUGGACGAGACACAUGGGGGCGGCGGCAUGGUCCCCGCAAUACUAUCCACGGUUGUGAUUUUUCUUCUGCUCGGACCGACCGCGGACGCUCAGAGGAGCUUGGAGUUCUACGAUCUUUUGCCAGAAGACCCAAAACUCUACGACAAAAUGCGACCCCCGAAGAAAGAUGGACAAGCGACCGUCGUCUAUUUCCACGUAACCGUAAUGGGACUCGACUCCAUAGAUGAGAAUUCAAUGACUUACGCCGCCGAUAUAUUUUUCGCUCAAACCUGGAAAGAUAACAGACUGCGAUUACCAGAAAAUAUGACGUCUGAAUAUAGAUUAUUAGAAGUGGACUGGUUGAAGAAUAUGUGGCGGCCGGAUUCAUUCUUCAAGAACGCGAAAUCUGUGACCUUCCAGACGAUGACUAUUCCUAAUCACUACUUGUGGCUGUACAAAGACAAGACUAUUUUAUACAUGGUCAAAUUAACAUUAAAGCUAUCCUGUGCGAUGAACUUCCUGAUCUAUCCCCAUGACACUCAGGAGUGCAAACUACAAAUGGAAAGCCUGUCGCACACGACGGAUGAAAUGAUCUUCCAGUGGGAUCCCGACGUGCCACUCGUCGUCGACGAGAACAUCGAGCUGCCCCAGCUGCAACUGGUUAAGAACUACACGGCCGAUUGCACGCAGGUCUAUUCGACCGGUAAUUUCACUUGCCUCGAAGUAGUGUUCGUCCUAAAACGUAGGCUCGGCUACUACUUGUUCCAUACCUACGUUCCUACAUGUCUUAUCGUUAUCAUGUCGUGGGUCUCCUUCUGGAUAAAACCGGAAGCGGCGCCAGCCAGAGUGACGCUCGGGGUGACUUCCUUGCUGACUCUGUCGACGCAACACGCGAAAAGUCAAGCGUCCCUGCCACCUGUCUCGUACUUGAAGGCGGUGGACGCGUUCAUGUCGGUGUGCACGAUAUUCGUGUUCAUGGCGUUGAUGGAAUAUUGUCUGGUGAACAUCGUGCUCGGUGAUUCGGAUGCGCCAGCCGCGAAACCGACGCCACCGCCGGCGCCCCCGUCUUCCAGUGGCACCGAUACAGCGAAGCUCGACAAGAUAUUCGACAUCGCCACUAAGGAAAACGCAAUGUUGUUGUCCGGCCGAUCGCAGAAAUCGCCAGCAGGUCCACCGCCCGGCCCGACGCCCGCCCAAAGGGCGCGUAUGCGCGCCCUGAACAUCGAUCGUGUCUCGCGGGUCUUCUUCCCGUUCCUAUUCGCCCUAUUAAACGUAACCUAUUGGAUAAUGUUUGCCGAGUACAUUUAAGGAGCCGUUGUCGAC